AUGAGUUUGACUGUGUUGCUCUUGCUCCCAGCUCUCUUGAUUUGCUUAGUCUCGGCUUCGGCUUCCGAUGACUACACCAUUCCUGUUGGGGUGGAGACUUGCGUAGAGACUGACCCUUCCUUUGGGCUGGUCUCUGGCUUUCAGAGUAUCUGUAUCACGCCGCAUCGUUCUGACAAACUGACAUGGACGGCCACGAGAAAUGGGGAGACUUGUGAGUACAGCCGCAAGUACAACAGUGGCAUCUGUUACGAGUACCAUAACGACCAUGUGGAGUCUGUCCCUGGGUACAAGCUCCGAUGUCAAGGUCUGACAAUCAAGGUAUGUGGGAAGACUCCCGCGGACCUUACUGCGUCUGUCGUGGCCCACAAGUCAGGCAGCGCCCACAAGUCAGACAGCGACGAAGACAAUCCCAUUGGCGCCAUCUUUGGUUUCAUGUUGAUUGGCUUCUUCUUGUACAUCAGGUUCAGCAGGAGACCGGUUCAAGUUUUCAGGCCAAUCUACAAUCGGGUUCCAACUUCAGCUGCUACCGCUGGAACGGUAGAGCUUCCAGUGGCAGUCGCUGAGGUUUCAACUGAAGUUGAUGAUGACCACAUUCCAGUGGCUACAGCAACACCAGUGCACCCAACGAUGACAUCAAAUCAAAAGAAGCGGCCACCCACAAACAUCUCAUCUCACCUGUUGAAGAUUGACCCUCUAAUCAAAGAAAUCGUACAGGAAGCAAAGCAAGGAAAGCUAGUCACCUUUAUGGAAGCAAUGGAAAGCUAUCAUGGCGAAGGCUUGUGGGACACACGUUGUCGCUACGUCAGCAUUGCAGGUGACUAUCUGCAGUACCCGAGCAUCAAAAGUCCUACCGGUGAGGACGUGAGCGAGGACCUAUUUUGGCAAAACACCUUGAGAGCACUAGCACCACAGCUGGAUGAUUUGGAAGCCGGCAACAACAACACAGCUAAGGCUGCACUCUAUUGUCUUCGAGGGGAAUCUCUGAUAACGCUUGCGUGGAAACAUCGAGGCUGCGGGUGGAGCCACACCGUCACAUCUACGCAGCGACAAAAAAUGCACCAAUGCUUGGAGAAGGCCAGAACUAUCCUGUUGGAAGCGGCUGCAUUGGAUCCGAGGGAUCCAACACCGUAUGCCAUCUUGCAGAAUGUGGCCUUGGGAUUGUCUGGCAGAGCAGCUGGUCAAGAGUGGCUACAACGAGCCCUCCAUCGAGACUCCUGCAAUUUUCGUGCUUUGACCACUCAUUCCUAUCUCCUCAGCCGCAAAUGGCAUGGCGUGUCCGACUAUGAAUGCAUUGACUUUGCUAGAAAGUUUGUGGCUGAUCACCCACGUAAACAUCCGGUUCAACUGCUUUUGAUUUCGGUCUUGCACAUGCAAUACACUGAUCCGGCAUGGUCAGCAAGCCGGAAACGGCAACUGAUUGAAGCUCCAUGGGUCAGAGAGACAACGCUCGACAUAUUCCGAAAUGUAUACACCAACCAAUCGCAUCCGCCAAUACAUAGCUUUGUCCGCCGCGAAAUGUACGACAAGAUGGUCCGGUGGCUCGAAUGCUGUGUCAAUGCUGGAGUGCUGCCGACGCACAUUCUGGGUGAAGCAAAGCGGUUACCAAACCGACCGCCGCCUGCUGCUCAACAAACCCAUCAACGUCCCCUGAAACAAGUGGAUACUAUGACAAUUCGAGAGCUAAAGAUGGAAUUGGAAAUCUAUGGGAUUUCUGCACGGCAGUUCGUCGAAAAACCAGAUUUGAAAGGAGCAGUAGUGGCUGCCAGGAGAGCCAGAGGACUAAUAACUGAAUCAGCCACCAGUACUACAUCAGCUGCCGCUGUCGCAUCAGCCACCGGUACUACAUCAUCUGCCGCAAAAGCCGCUGCCACAUCUGCUGCCUUUGGUACCGUGGAGAGUGUGCCACCAUCCAUAAGCGAGCAGGUGCAGGCGCGAGAGCCCUGGCAACCCGGACCUGGAGAAUCGUGGAUGGAACCCAUAGACAUCGAGUGA